AUGUCACAUGCGUGUACGGUGCACAGCAGGAUGCUCCUGGGCAGUGGGUUCAGCACCCGGGAUCUCUGGGGAGCUUGGCUAGCGCAAGGGGACAGCCAGCCUGGGCUGGAGGGGAGCCUUGGUGGGGUGGGCAGUGCAGAGCCCAGGCUGUGGGUCCCCCCUGAGAACCCUUGCUGCUUCACGGCUGCCUGGUUGAUAAGGGCCCCACGUGAGUCCCAUCUCCGCAGGCAGCAUGUGGACCAGAGCAUGUUCGAGAACGCCAGCGCCAGCACGGCACCCACCCCACGGCCACAGCACAUCCCCACCGCGGUGGGCGCCCCGCCACAGCCCUCCCGCCCCGCCGGCAGCCAGCACCUCCGCAACCUGGGCAAGGCCGUGGGGGCCAAGAUGAAUGACCUCCUGCGCCGCAAGGAGCCGGCCGGCCUCCCCAGCGUGGGAGUGAUGGAGGUGAACGCCAGUGCUGGGGCCAUGCUGGGCACGGGACAGCCAGCUAGCGAGGAUGGGGCUGUGGGGCUGGACGCCUUUCCCCGGCUGGACCCCCCACCCCCCGUCACCAAGAAGCGGACACCACGUGCCCUGAAGACCCCACAGGACAUGCUCAUCGCGCCACAGCUGGUGGGGACCAGCCCAAGGAGCAGCACAGAGGAGCCCCCCGAACCGCCCACAGCCCACCCUGACCCUUCAGAGGAGCAGCCGGGGAUGAGGGACCCAUCCCCUCCAGAAUGCCCUGGGGUCCCCAGCAUGACGGGCACCCCAGGGCCCAGCGGGGACCAGCCCACCAGUGCCCUUGCCGUGCCUGACCUCAUCCAUAAGGGCAGCCCGGAGAGCCAGUGGCGAGCGGGUGAGAGGGCCACCGAGACCUCACCCCACAUGGAGAAGCCCUACCACAGACCGGGGCUGGAGCACGAGCCGCCGGGGAGCACGGGGUGGCCGGAGCCACGUACCCCUGGCUGGGAGGUGGAGGGGCCCCAUCCCGACCUACUGUCCUUCGAGUAGCAGCGGGAGAGCCGUGACUGGGGCACCGUGGGGGCUGGCUCUCCCAAACUUGUCUCUCACUGCCACUUGCCAUUUUUGGGGUCAUUAUUUUGGAGAGGGGGGAACCCUGGGGUGGCAGGAGCCAUUGCU